GGUACGGGCUGUAGGUGCGGGGCGUUAUGGCGGUGGACAUCACACUGCUGUUCCGGGCCAGCGUGAAGACCGUGAAGACCCGGAACAAAGCGCUGGGAGUGGCGGUGGGCGGCGGGGUCGAUGGCAGCCGCGACGAGUUGUUCCGCCGGAGCCCCCGGCCCAAGGGCGACUUCUCCAGCCGAGCGCGCGAAGUGAUUUCACACAUCGGGAAACUGAGAGAUUUUCUCCUGGAGCACAGGAAAGAUUACAUCAGCGCUCACAGCCACCUCGUGUCUGAGUAUGGGAGGAUGACAGACUCAGAACGCGACCAGAUAGACCAGGACGCUCAGACAUUCAUCAGGACCUGCUCAGAAGCAAUUCAGCAGCUGAGAAACCAAGCCCUCAAGGAGAUACAUUCCCAGCAAGUGAAGGAGCACAGGAAUGCUGUUCUGGACUUCACUGAAGAUUACUUAAAAAGAGUCUGCAAGCUGUACUCGGAGCAGAGAGCCAUCCGCGUUAAACGAGUGGUGGAUAAGAAGAGAUUGGCCUUUGUUGGGGGCAUAAAAGAAGCUCAACUAUAUGGUUGCAAAUUACUUUUAGGUCUAAGCUGGAGCCAGAAGCAAAUGCAAAGACAAGAGAAUCCGUGUCUUCUGAGGAAGUUUCACAGGACCCUUCAAAAGACCCUGGAGAGAAACCUGUCACUGAAGAGUAUCCAGAAAAGAUUCCAACCGAAGCUCAGCCCGAGUUGGGAACCUGGGGCGAUGGCAGAGGUGAAGACGAGCUGUCCCCGGAAGAAAUACAAAUGGCAAAUCGAAGGGAAAGUGGUUGAAAUUUCCAGACUCCAAGAAAUAUUCACAGAAAAGGUUUUACAACAGGAAGCUGAAAUUGACAGCAUCCACCAGCUAGUCGUAGGGGCCACUGAGAACAUCAAGGAGGGCAACGAGGACAUCAGAGAGGCCAUCAAGAACAACGCCGGCUUCCGAGUGUGGGUGCUGUUCUUCCUGGUGAUGUGCUCCUUCUCCCUGCUCUUCCUCGACUGGUACGGCAGCUAGCCGGCCGCUCGCCUGUGGCCCAGGUUCACCACGGAGCCCCUGGGGGGAGGGAGGCCGAGACACACCCCACCAAGGGACACCUAGACCUGGUGUUUUAAGCCCAUUUAGUAGCGGAAAGAAAACAACACAAAUCGGAAGUGGUCUGUGUGGCGGUCACAAGGCAAGGUGGACGAAAUGGGGGUGUCGUUGUGUCUACCUGGAGACUGCUGUGGAGGUCGUCCCCGGAGGGCACAGCUGUCUCCACGCCCCCGCCGAGGCCCAGCGUCCUGCCUCGGUCCUGCUUCUGUUCAGGGAAGGCCCAGGAGAACUGGGCCUGCUGCUCGGGCCUGCGCUGCUGACCCUGAGGAGACGGACGGGAAUGCCUACGUGUGAUGGCACGUGGGACCCCGGGGCAGCCACAGGGACCCCGUGUUCUUAUUUGCAGAGAAAUGUCAGGUUCAUGUGAACGCACUGACAGUCAAUAAAGGACGUGUCUGCAGAAAACAUGGUGUGCCUCGGCCCGGGAACAUGCGUACAGACAGGUGGGCAGGAGGCCUUUGCACACGUACUCCUGCGUGCACACGUACUCCUGCGUGCACACACCGCUGCCCUCACCCGCGGCGAGAAAACCGUGUGCCUCAGAAGCGCGCUCCGAGGGGCUGGCCGUGAUCACCAUGCCGUUCACCACAGGUCUUGCACUACGGCCUUUAUUUCCGAUCUACUGACACAGGGGAGCCACACGCCCACCAGAAACCACACCCAGUAACACGGGGAACGAGAGUGUCUGUUCCAUUCAUCUCCUACACACUUCUUUCUCUAGCUGGCAGUUUUGUAAACAUAAACUUUAAUGUCGAGAUCCAGGUUGAAACAAUCUGCUCACAAAGACCGAGCUGAAAUGUCGGAAUUGGCCUGGCGAGGGCCACAGCUGCCCCGCCAGCUUCCUGCCGCGUCUUCCAGAGCUGCGCCUGCGUCAGGCUGAAGGCGCCUUGCUCGCCAGCACCGCGUCCCCUGCCCGCCCAGCCAACAUUUAGACACCGACGUGCCGAUAGGGCCGUUGGGGCAAAUGUAUUCACCAUAGAGGUCAACAGAAGGGCCGGUGGGGUUGUGACGGAGCAGACAGACCACCAGCAGCCGGGCCCAGGGCCUCACCGCACGUGCUCCAACUCAGUCACAUGCACUCGAGAGCAGCCUGACCAGGACGGGGCACCCGUCCGUCCUCCACCACGCGCACCAGGUGCGUCUGGCAAUGGU